AGAAGGAGCUUGCUCCUGAAACUUUGCCGUCCAACAAAUUUAAGAUUUUUCUUGAUUUUUAAUCUUAUUUUUUCAGAACUAUGAUUUUAUUCAUAUUUUUCUUACUUAAAUGCUUUUUAGCUAUUCUUUUUGGAUUUUUCCUCAAUAACAAGAAUAUGGCCAUAUACAGUGCUUUGACCGGGCUGAUUUUUCUUUUUCUUUGGCUUAAGAAAUUGCCCAAUUGGCAAAAUGCACGUAAUCACCUAAAUUCCAUACUAGCGAUUACACUGUGCACCUUGGCCGUACUGUAUGGAUAUUUCCAGGAAAGAAGGAUUGUGGCCACGCCCAUCUACAAUGUUUUUACUGGGCUGAUGGUAAUUUAUUAUUGGCGAAAUAAGUUGUUCCAUUACCAAAAAGUUCAUAAUCGUCAAAAUUCAGUGAUACUGGCGAUAAUAUGCUCUUUAGCCAUACUUUACGGAUAUUUCCAAGAGAGAAAUAAUGCGGUCAUGCCCAUGUACAAUGCUUUUGCUGGGCUGACUGUCCUUUUUUAUUGGCUAAAGAAAUUGCAGAAGUUACAAAUUGAUCGUAAUUUCCCGAUUCCUGCAAUAGAUGUAGACAAACUAAAGGAAGGAAAGAAGGAAUUCAUUUACAGUGAGAGCAGUUUCUUGAACACGCUCAUCAGUGACAUCUGGCAACAAAUUGUGCAUUUCGCUAAUCACACCAUUAAACAUGAUUUUGAGAAAUUCGUGCACAAAAUUGUCCCAGGGCUCUCAUGUUUAAGAAUAAACCAUGUCGACCUCGGCAAGAAGGCUCCGAAAAUAACCGGGUUGGCACUGGAAUGGACGAAGGACAGAAAGCGCCUCUCCAUUGAUGUAAAUAUUGAGUAAGUGGAUUGCAUGGAACCCAUAACCUUGUGCCUAGUCCCUCACAGCCCUGCCCAAUAUCACAUAUACAGUCCUUUCUAUCCAGCACCUCCUAUUGCACCCACAAACCCAAUCCUCUGCCGGCCAAUAAUCCUGUCUCUGUUUAUUGCAGAUUUAAUGGAGAUAUCUCGAUCAGAGCAUCACUCACAAAGAAACUGGUCAAAUUUGGAGUGAACGGAGUUAUGUUCAAGGGAAGAAUCCGAGUGUAUCUAGAACCAAUCCUGGACAAACCGCCAUUUAUUGGCGCAGCCACUAUUUACUUCCCUGAAAAACCGGAUCUUCGUCUUAAAUUCACGGGCCUUACAAGACUGGCCAAUCCCACUAUGAUAAACACGUUCGUACACAAAAAGAUCCUAGAGGCAAUGGGAAUGCUUCUGAUUAAGCCAAAGGCUUUGUGCAUCCCAUUAGACCUGAAUUAUAAAACGGAAGAGCUGAACUAUACAAGGACAAUGAAUAUAUUCCGUAUUUAUGUACUGGAAGCUGAGGGUUUUAGAUCUGAAGACUUCCGGACAGAAACCCUCAGUUCUUAUGUUGCCAUAAGCAGUGCCAAGCAAAAGGCAAGAACAAGUGUGGCCAACAACAGCCUUAAUCCAACAUGGCACCAGGCAUUUGAGAUGGCAUUUAAUGACAUCCCAGAGCAAGAGAUUGAAUUCCGGCUCUUUAAUGACAGACUGAUUAAGGGCGAGUUGCUGGGCAGCUGCAGAAUCAGCGUGAAGGAGCUCAAGAAACAUACAAACUUGGAUAUGUGGCUCCCGCUGGAUAAUGUGGCCCCUGCAAGGCUUCACAUUAGGAGUCAGCGGCUCAGACUUGUUACUGACCGUGCCGAGCUUAGGAAGGUAAUGUCUGGGUUCCUUUUCUCUGGCUGCUUGGGCUCAGGGAGGCGCCUUCUGCUCUUUGCUUCAUGGCACUUGUUUGUCUUUUCCCAGGUUCUGGUGGGGAACCACAUGUCUCGUCCGAUACAGAUGAAGGAAUUUUCCUCAGCGCUCCUCAGCGUGCAUGUAUCGAAAGGCAAGGACCUCAAGUUACCGACUGGAAACAGGAUGCCAACAACCCUUACAGAAAUCCAUGUCGGAAAAAUGAGGGAACAAACCUUGUAUUCGCCGCUCUGUAUCCAAACCCCGGAUCCGGUAUGGAAAGAGACUUUCAGCUUCCUAAUGAAGGACCCUCGAAUGGAGAAAGUGGAAUUAGUGGUAAAAGACAAUUACCAUGGGUCCCUGGGCUCUAUAUCUGUGCCCAUCUCUAGACUCCUGGAAGCAAGAAAUCUCACUAUCACAGACUGGUAUGAGCUCUGCCCGUCUGAGCAUCGCGGAGCUAUACUGGUUAAACUGGAGUUGUGGAUUUUGGUUCCACCAAAUGGUGAAACCCAGAAAGCCAAAGUUCCCAGCUCUCAGCAGCCUCAAUGUAAGGAUGUGAAUAAGCGAAGAGCUGGCCCCAGGCUGCUUGUAAAGAGGAAACUUAUUUCAACGCACUACAAACCAAGGAGAUUUCCCACAGCAGCCACUGGCGCUACUGAAGAACCAGAACAACGGAGAGAAUCAAAUGGACCUGCGACAUUUAAAGGGCAACUAAUACGAGCAGCAAGACUUAUAUGCAGAGCGUGCACUCCACGGCGCUGACUAAAGGUCAGGUGACUUUUCACCUGAUUUCAAUUGUGACGCAAAGACAGCAAAUCUGAGACUUUUACUACGUACCUCCCAAUUGUGCCGAUUACGUCAAAAUGCCCCCAAAAGUGGGAGGGACCUUGGGUGGAUUGGGGGCAUUAAUUGGCAACUGGACGACACCUAAAAUGUCCUGAUUUUGGAGGGGAGGUGCGCUAAAGCUCAGCUGGGUCAGAUACAGACGUUUAUACUGCCCAGCAAAGAAAGAAGAGAGAUUUGUGGAUAUAAUGGACAUCACUACUAUCUGCUGCCUGACCUCAGAAUGGAUACCAAUGGUGGCCUAUCUGCUGCCUGACCUCAGAAUGGAUACCGACGGUGGCCUAUCUGCUGCCUGACCUCAGAAUGGAUACCGACGGUGGCCUAUCUGCUGCCUGACCUCAGAAUGGAUACCGACGGUGGCCUAUCUGCUGCCUGACCUCAGAAUGGAUACCGACGGUGGCCUAUCUGCUGCCUGACCUCAGAAUGGAUACCGACGGUGGCCUAUCUGCUGCCUGACCUCAGAAUGGAUACCGACAGUGGCCUAUCUGCUGCCUGACCUCAGAAUGGAUACCGACGGUGGCCUAUCUGCUGCCUGACCUCAGAAUGGAUACCGACGGUGGCCUAUCUGCUGCCUGACCUCAGAAUGGAUACCGACGGUGGCCUAUCUGCUGCCUGACCUCAGAAUGGAUACCAACGGUGGCCUAUCUGCUGCCUGACCUCAGAAUGGAUACCGACGGUGGCCUAUCUGCUGCCUGACCUCAGAAUGGAUACCACCAUCUUUUCAAUUCUAUUGUUAAUACUAAUUAUUGCUGUUACACUGUAACAAUUACUU